AGUUUUUUCUUUUUCUUUUUUCAUUUUCAUUGUGCUUUUUCUCAUGUUUGAAAAUUGAAACUCUUCCUCUUUCUUAAGGUACUUUUCUUUUGGGGGGAAAGAGAGAGGAAGAGUUUCAUUAAUCAUGUGAAUUAUUUGAACAAGAAAAGAAGAAAAAAGAAGAUCAAGAAUUGGCAAGAUGUUGCAAAGAGCUGCAAGCAAUGCUUAUUCAUGGUGGGCAGCUAGCCACAUUAGGACCAAACAAUCCAAAUGGCUUGAACAAAGCCUUCAAGAUAUGCAAGGGAAGGUGGAAAGUGUGAUCAAACUCAUUGAAGAAGAUGGAGAUUCAUUUGCAAAAAGGGCUGAAAUGUACUACAAGAAAAGACCAGAGCUGAUAAACUUUGUGGAGGAAUCCUAUCGUGCCUAUCGCGCGUUGGCUGAACGAUAUGAUCAUUUGUCAAAGGAAUUACAGACAGCCAACAACACUAUUGCUACUAUUUUCCCUGAACAAAUACAACUAGCAAUGGAUGAAGAAGAUGAAUAUGGUGCCCCAAGAAUGCCAAAAGAUUUCACACAAAUCCCGCCGAGUGGAUCAAAUAAUAUACCAAUGGUUCCAAAGGCUCCUAUAAAAGAGUUGAAGGGUCUUAUGACAACUGCCUCAAAACAAAGGCAAGGCAAGAAAUCAACCAAAACAGAAGAUGUCGCGAAAUCUGGUUUGAAUAAAAGUGAAGCUAUUGAAGAGAUUGACAAGCUUCAGAAAGACAUUUUGGCCUUACAAACUGUGAAAGAGUUUGUAAGGAGUUCAUACCAAAAUGGACUUGAAAAGUACCGGGGACUUGAAAACCAAAUCAUGGAAAAGCAGCAGAAGAUAUGUGAAUUGGAGGAUGAAUUUGGCGAGGGUCGGGUUAUUGAGGAUGCUGAGGCUUGUACUUUGAUGGCUGAAGCUGCAUUGCAGUCAUGUCAAGAAACAUUGACUCAGCUCCAGGAGAAACAAGAAUAUACACAAGAAGCAAGAGAGGAAUUCCAAAAAAUGGAAGAUUCUUGUAAGAAACUGCAGUCCUUCAGACAUAAGUAUCUUGGUGAUAAAAUUAGUGACAUAAAGCCAAAUGUGUAUAAUAUCCCAAACCAAGAAGUUGGUAAGGAAAUAGAAUCGUCACAGGACAAGAUUAAGGACCAAGUUGAUGCGAGCUCUAAGGAGUCUUUAACAAUGUCACAACUGGCAGAGAAAAUCGACGAGCUUGUGAAUAAAGUGGUCAACCUAGAAACAGCAGUUUCAUCUCAGACUCUUCUAAUUGAGAGAUUAAGAAGAGAAGCUGAUGAACUCCAAGCACAAGUUCAAUCUUUGGAAGAUGAUAAAGCAGCUCUAACUGACGACACACACAAUCUGAAUAUCAGGGUGACGGCGAUAGAAGCAAAGUUGCAAACAAUUGAGAACCUCAAUAAAGAUGUUGUAAACCAAAACAAUAGCCUAAGAACUCACUUUGUGGAAGCUCGUACCAAUCUUGAUCAUUUGUCCGAUAAAUUGAGUAGCGUCAGACCAGAUGAGGAGCACGAUGGAACGGAUUCAUCACCAGAUGAAGUGACUACACUUGUUGAAAUCAAGUUACAAGAAGAGUCGGUAAAACAAAAAAAUCAUCCUAGUUCAAGUGAAGGUACUAAGAACUUAAGUACCAUAAAAACCAAAGAAAAAGAAGUUCACAAAGAGCAAGGUUCUAUCAUAGUUGUAAGUGAAAACGCGGAAGUUACAAAAACCAGUAAGAAGCAUGUCACAUUUUCGGAGCCAACGCCAUCUGGAAAAGGUGAUGAGAAAGUCUUGGUUCAAUCUGGAAGUCGUUUUUAUGAGACACAAAUACAGAAAGAUGAGGAGAAGGAUGAUGAACUUAACUGGCAACAGAUGCUGUUGAGUGGAUUGGAGGAUAAAGAAAAUAUUCUGUUAAAUGAAUAUACAACAAUUCUCAAGAAUUAUAAAGAAGUUACAAAGAAGCUAAGCGAUAUGGAGAAGAAAGAUAGAGACGCGGAGUUCAACCUCACACUUCAGAUAAGAGAACUUAAAUGUGCUAUCACAAAAAAGGAUGAGGAGAUACAUAAUCUACGUCUAAAAUUGAAUCUUCUGCAGCAAGGAAAUGGUUCGGAAAAUAAAGAGUUGGAGGAAGAAAAAUGCCAAGCAUCUAAUCCUUCAUUUGAUCGAAGCUUAAAACUUGAGGAUCUACCACAAAGGAAGGACAAAGAUAAUCCUAUUAUAGAGAACGACGAAGAAGACAUCAAGACGAUUUUGGUUGAUCAACAUGCAUCAGUAUCGCCAACUGAGGAAAAACUCCGGAUGAGCAUUGAUGCAAUACUAGACGAAAACUUGGAUUUCUGGCUAAGAUUCAGUUCAACUUUCCAUCAGAUUCAGAAAUUCAAGACGACAUUCCACGACUUGCAGCGUGAAAUAUCCAAAAUCAAAGACAAGGAAAUGCAAGAUCACAGCCCUAGAGUAGAAACAAAAUCAGAAAUAAAGCCAAUAUAUAAACACAUGAAGGAAAUUCAGAAUGAACUAACAGUAUGGUUAGCACAAACCUUGUCACUGAAAGAUGAACUUGAGCGCAAAUUCCCAGCAUUAUGCAAUAUUCAAGACGAAAUAGCAAACGCUCUAAAGGAGGGAAUUAAAUCAGAUGAUAUCAGAUUCAGCAGUCAUGAAGCUGCAAAAUUCCAAGGUCAAGUUUUGAACAUGAAACAAGAGAACAACAAGGUAAGUGAGGAACUAGAAGCUGGUUUUCGUCGUGUAACUACACUUCAAGUAGAUGUUGAGAAGACUAUAACAGAAUUGGAUCAAGAGUUUGGACUUACUGGAAACCAAUCACAACUAAUGCAAUCAGUGAGUAGGUCAAGAAUUCCUUUACAUUCAUUCAUCUUUGGAACUAAACCAAAGAAGCAAAGGCGUUCACUUUUUUCGCGCAUUAAUCCUAAUAGGAAAUACUAGCUGGUCCUGAGGCCUUGAGUACCUUUGUAGAGCUUUUAUUCUUGAUCUUCUUUUUCUUCUUCCUUUGUUUUUUCACCUUUCUUGUUCUUUCUCGGGUUAUACAUGUAUCUAGAUAGGCUGCAAAUGGUGGUCAUUCUACUUUCCUUUUCUUUUAUUCUGAUUUUGCAGUAUUUGAAGAUUGUUUGUAUGUUGUAAUGUGAAGAUUGUUAAUAGUCUAAAAAUGCAAGGCUUUUAAGAAGAGCCUAAAGUUCACGAUGAUUCGAUUUAUAAAUUGAAUUUAUGCUUUA